CCCAAUACUUAUCCUUCAUCGUCACCACUGACUAAGCAGUUAUUACAGCGUAGUAGAUCACAAGAAGCGGGCCCUUGCAUUGUCCCCUGUGUCUGCACGUCGUGAGAGUGACCGGGUGGUCAUGGCGAGUUGGUGAGAGGGGGGAGAAGACGAGAAGAGAGCAUAAGAGGGUUGAUCCCAGAGUCUGAGCACAGUCUGGCUCCAAGACGGACAGGCAUGCUUCUUUUCCCUCGUGUGUGGAUCCACUCCGGACCUUAGAAAGUGCGAGCCAUGUUCGUAGGAAAACUCCAUAACUUCGCCCUCCUUUUAGGAACCGUCGCCGCGCGAGACCCCUUUACCAAUGCCACAGGUGGCCACGGAGGCAGUGCGCCCACUUACUCUCCUGCACGGCCCCCUGCGGUGCCUCUGGCAGUCAGGAGCCCGUACACCAGCGCCUGGUCCACCACGGCCAACAAUUCGGCCUUGAAUCGUGCCAGUGUGAGGUUCUGGAACGGUGAUCCUCUCGGGUGGGAGGGGAUCGUGACUGUCGAUGGCGUGUUUUAUGAAUAUCUCGGUGCGGGAUCCCAGGCCACUCCGGGCCUAGCUAAUAUAUCCCAAGCAACGCCGGAGAGCGUCAGUUAUGACUCCCACUACUCAAACUUCACCUUCACCGCCGGCCCAGUCCGGAUCACGGCGAGUUUCUUCUCGCCCGUCACACCCAAUGAUCUCUGCCGAGCCUCGAUUCCACUCAGCUAUCUGACGACGACGGUAGAGUCCACCGACAGUCAACCUCACGAUGUGCAAUUCUACUCGGACGUAGACCUUGCAUGGGUCUCGCGGGAUAGGAACAAGGCUGCCGUAUGGGAACUGCACGGAGCACCGAUGACAGGCAGAUCUGGAACUGGCAAUAAUACUAUCACCGAUUCCGCCACAGAGCUGUAUAGCUGGAUAGCCGGUCAGGAGGCACCCGAGGUGUUCGGCGAGGAUCACGACUUUCCCCAAUGGGGCAACUUCAGCUACUCGACCAGCGAGGUCGGGAUACGGAGCAUCAGCGCCCACACCGGGUCUACCGCCGAUGUGCGGUCUCACUAUCUCAAGAAUGGCCGGCUCGGAAAUUUCACGGGGCCAAACCACCGCGGGUGGGCCAGCGGCGAGGCUGUCUUCGCGUACAGCCACGACGUUGGGACCGUGUUGCAAGCUUCAGUCAGGUACACCAUCGGCUCCAUCCAGACACCCGUCAUCAAAUACCGUACGAGCGCGGGAAUAUCGGCCCUCCGGCCUUGGUGGGAGAAGUGCUACGGCGACGUAUACUCCAUGAUAAAAUUCCACUGGCAUGACUUCGAUGCGGUCCACGCACUCGCGAAUGAAUUCGAGUCUCAACUGAGGACCGACAUCGACACAUACUAUCAGCAGGAUCCCACCACGGCCCGUAACACCGAACGGCCCCGAAGCUGUUCCCACGACGAUGAUGCCGACAUCCAGCCGUACAUUUUUGAUCCGAGCUCGGCGUACGGGUUCCUCAACCCCGCCAACUUCAGCGGCAUUGCCAUCCCGGGCGUCUUCGAGUCACAGUCCUACUACUCCAUCGUGGCCCUGUCGGCGCGCCAGGCCAUGGGCGCCUUCGCAUACGCCGCGGGGCCGACAACACAGGCAGACAGCACCGACGACGACGACAACAACCCGCUGGUAUUCCAGAAGGAGCUCUCGAGCAGCGGCAACGUCAACACAGUGGACGUGCUCUUCCCCGGCCUGCCGUUCCUCCUGUGGGCGAACCCGGAGCUGCUUCGGCUGUCGCUGGAGCCGCUGCUGGCGUUCCAGGAGGCCGGGCUGUACCCCAACGGGUACGCGGCGCACGACCUGGGGGCGCGCUGGCCCGAGGCGGUGGGCCACGCGCUCGGCGACGACGAGGCCAUGCCGGUCGAGGAGUCGGCCAACAUGAUCCUCAUGUGCUACGCGUACUACCGGUUCGCGUCUCAGGCGCCUGGCUGGCUGGACGGGCACUACGCGCUGCUGCGGCGGUGGGCCGAGUACCUGGUCGAGUUCGCGCUCGUGCCGGCCGCGCAGCUGAGCACCGACGACUUCGCGGGCACGUUGGCCAACCAGACGAACCUGGCCGUCAAGGGCAUCGUCGGCUUGCAGGCCAUGAGCGCCGUGGCGGCUGCGACGGGGAGGGCUGCCGAUGCUCAGUGGUUCGGCCGCACGGCGAGGGAGUACUAUGCCCGGUGGGAGGCCUUGGCCAUAGACCCGUCGGGGAGGCACACGCUGCUGUCGUACCAGUGGCGGAGCAGCUGGGGCUUGUUGUACAACGUCUACAUGGACAGGCUGCUGGGCCUCGGCAUCGUCGGCGAGCCCGUGUACGAGAUGCAGUGCGAGUGGUACACGCAGGUCUCGCAGGUCUUCGGGGUGCCCCUGGACAGCCGGCACCACUACACCAAGAGCGACUGGAUGAUGUGGGCGGCGGCGACGUGCCCGCCGGGGAUGAGGAGCAUGUUUGUCAACGCCAUCGCCUACUGGCUGAACUUGACCACGACCGAGGACCCCUUUACGGACCUAUUCGAGACACUUGGCACGGGCUAUUACCCGACGUCGCCCGACAGUAUCCGCUUCAAGGCGAGGCCCGUGGCUGGAGGGCACUUUUCUUUGCUUGCCCUGCUCCGGGGCGGACUGAAGAGGGAUGAUACGACCGAAGGAGACAUUCCGGAAUGAUGUUUAGGAGCAGGUAGCUUACAAUAAUACUACCGCGGAUGUUUGGGGCAGUCUCGACACUUCAUUGCCCGGCAUGCCAUUCUCAAGAAGUAUAUCCCUCUCCCAGCAACUUGCAGCCGGUGAUAAGCAAUGGACGAAGAAGAAUGCACAUGUCUUAGACACGAUCGGGCCUAAGGAGGUCAGACUGGCUCAGUUGAGACUCGGCACCAGAUCAGAUGACGUGUAAACCGAGGCGACGAUCUAGGGCA